CUGCCGAACAGCUCUCACAGUGAGGAAGUUCUUCCUGAUGUUCAGGUGGAAUCUCCUUUCCUGUAGUUUGAAGCCAUUGUUCCACGUCCUAAUUUCCAAGGCAGUAGAAAACAAGCUUGCUCCCUCCUUACUUUUACAUAUUUAUACACGGCCCUCAUGUUGAAAUGGCAGACAAAGGUUUGAGGAAAUGAGACAAAGAGAGUUCCGGUGGCUGUAGAAAAAAUGACGUUUAUUCUCAGUGGCCAGUGAGAAUAUAGCAAUAAGAAAAAGGAGACCUUCUCCUGUAAUCAGGAAAGCGAAGGUACCUAGACAAAGGAACACAGAUCCUUAUAUACUAUUUUGGCCUGACUCUAUCUACGUCACAUAGGUAUUAUCCAUCACCAAUUAGUGUCAAAAAAAGUCUUACUUGGCACUUAGCUAAAAAGCUACCUUUGCAUUUUCCUAAAAAUAGACUACUUCAAGACCUCUGACCCUCCAUUAGCCUUAUCUCUGGAAUUCUCAUCUCAUCCAUUAGGGCUUCCCCUCGUCCUCCAUUAAUUAAGGAAUUUACUCCCUACCUUAGCUUGUCAGAGAGAGUAAUUAGUAUUCCCCCCUGGCGCCAAGUCUUAACUUGACAUCCCAAAAAGCCUUAAUUUGUCUCCUGUCCAUUAGCUUAUCUACUCUUAUUGACACUUAACAUAUGUCAUUGGCACUUAGGGUGAACCUUGAUCUUUGCUAUGGGGAGACAGUUAUUUUGCUGAGCAGAGUGUAUUUUUGGCUAUAGGCACAUAAUCUGCUGGUGAAUACAUAUUUUCCUAUUUCUAUUUCUUAACAUGAUUACAUCCGAUAUAUAGUUUCCAAUACAAGUAUUAUAUUUUCCCAAUACACCUUCAUCAAUGUCUCCUCUCAGCCUUCUCUUUUGCAGGCUAAACAUACCCAGCUCUUUAAGCCACUCCUCAUAGGGCUUGUUCUCCAGAACCUUGAUCAUUUUAGUUGCCCUCCUCUGGACACCUUCCAGCUUGUCAACAACUCCUUUAAACUGUGGCACCAGAAUUGUACACAAAAUUCCAGGUGUGGUCUGACCAAGGCAGAAUACAGGGGUAGCAUGAUUUCCCUGGAUCUAGACACUGUACUCCUAUUUCAUCAGGAAUAUCCAUCCUUCCAUGGACUGGGUAUGCAAAUGUAGAAGGAUAAACUUCAGAACCACAACAACCACAUGAAAAUAUCACAGCUCCGUAUACAUGUACAUGUUUGUGUUAGGAGUAAAUGAGCAUAGGGAUCUUAAAACAAUGGUGAAGAGCUCAAUGGAAAUAUCUUCCUAGUGUGUGUCAGCUUCAAAAAAAAAAAAAGCCAAAUUCCAUAUUGGCAAUCAUUAGAGAAGAAAUCCAAAAUAAAAAUUACAAUAUGUAGGAACUGAAACAUUUCAAUGUAGUAAUGUUUUUAUAUGAAUCUUUAAUGCACCCUUGGUGUAUUGUAAAAGGCUUUCAUGGCCGGAAUCACUGAGUUGCUGUGAGUAUUCCGGGCUGUAUGGCCAUGUUCCAGAAGCAUUCUCUCCUGACCUUUCACCCACAUCUCAGCCAUAGCAGAGCACUUGGUGAACCAACCUGGACACAGUAUAUUAUUUAAGAACACAGAAAUGCUGAGCCACUCUAACAACCACCAUGCUAGACUACACAGAGAAGCCACUGAAAUCCACAAGUAUGUGGACAAUUUCAACAGAAAGGAGGAAACCAUGAAAAUGAACAAAAUCUAGCUACCAGUUUUUUAAAAAAACUCCAGAAUCAGGACAAUAAAUAAAGAACAACACACAGAAAACGGGAAUUCCAGACAGGAAACAAUCAGGGCCAACUAUCACCUUCCAGCAAAGGAUUCCCCCUGACAGGAAGCAGCCAGGCUUUGAAGCUGCAAGCCCAUUCACUGAGAAUCAAGGUGGCCAAUUACCAACAUUCACACUUGCCUCCAAUAGACAAUAGUUCUUUCUCCCAUCCUAGACUUUAUUCUACAGAUAUAUAAACCCCACUUGCCUAGUUUCCAACAGACUUCACAACCUCUGAGGAUGCCCGCCAUAGAUGUGGGCAAAAUGUCAGGACAGAAUGCUUCUGGAACAUUGCCAUAAAGCCCAAAAACUCAUAGCAACCCACCCUUGGAGUACUUAACAUCCAACAUUAUUUCAGUGUUCAAAAAGUAGUAGUUGAAGUAACCAAAAUGAGAAAUGCUGAAAAGAUUGCUGGAUUUAAGACUGUUUAGUUUUGUGAAGAAGCUGAUCAAGAGUUGAGAUGAAAAAGUUACAUAAAAGCCUGCAUGAUUGUAGACCAAGUGGAUAAGAAGACAUUUUUUCCCUCUUAUAAUAUUAGAACUUGGGCUUUUUCAUUGAAGGUACUCAGUAAUUCUGAACCCACAAAAAGAAGUUCUGCAAAUUCCUUGGAACCUUUGAUUAAAUACUAUGAGAGAGUACAGUUCCUUAACAAUGCUAACAGUUCUGAGACCAUACUCUCAAUCCUCCCAUUAAUGUGCUUAAUCUGUUUUUGAAGCCAAUAGUCACAACCACAUUCUGGGCCAGUCAGUUUUAGCAAUUAAGACCUACAAGAAAAACCACUUUAUUCUGCCCUGUUCUGAUCAUCUUCUUCAUUAGUUGCUGGAAGAGAAAAAUAUGAUCUACUUUCAAUGAAAAAAAAUGUUUGUAAGAAACUGUUAUCUCCAAGUUAUAUGAUUGGAGGAGAAGAAAAUAACCUCACAAUGGACAAUAAUGGACACAAAUGUCCAUCGAUAGUCUCCUUUCCAUCAAUAGAAUGUUGGAAUACAAACACAUAUAGUAACCCAGGAGAUUGUUGUUUUAAGAAUCCUGGAAGUUGAUUCUACGUAAGCAUUAGAUCAUUACCUCUAGAGUAGAAUUUCCUUGCAAACAUUUCCUUACUCAGGUUUGGCCAUGGGGACUCUUUCCGUUUUCCUUGACGUUCCAUUAACGGAAACAGACAUCCCCUUAGAUGUCUACAGAGAAGAUCCUUCACCUAAAAAAGUGUGCCUUGGCCAUACAGGCUGCCAGACAGAUUGUCCAGACGAAGCCUGGAUCCCGGCGGUGGUGCAACGGGUUCUGCUUCAAAUCCCUCAGGAUCCAACUUUGGAUCACGAAUACCUCCCUCAACUGGGCAUGACGGCAUUCACUACGGCAGCCAUGGAGCUACUGAUCGGCAAAGACAGUCACGCUCUCUUAGAAAACAGGGCAGGUGCUGUUCAAACAGUCGGUGGGACUGGAGCAGUGUGGAUUGGAGCUGAAUUUCUGAAACGCUGGUACAAACCUAAUGAUUCUGCUCCAGCAACUGUUUAUAUCUCUGUACCACAGAUAGGCAAUCUUGGUUGUAUAUUCCAUGCUGCUGGCUUUACGGACAUUUGUACCUAUCAUUAUUGGGAUCCUGUCAGUCUGACUGUUGACACGGAAGGGUUACUAGAAGAACUCCAGAAUGCACCAGACGGCGCUAUUGUUUCACUCCACGAACCUGCAGAAAUGGGCCUGACACCCAAAGAGUGGAAAAAAGUUGCCGCAGUCAUGACAGAAAAGCAUCUCUUCCCCUUUUUUGAUAUUGAAACUCAAGGACUGGCUUCAGGAAACCUGGACAGAGAUGCCUGGGUACUACGGCACUUUGUGGAUAAUAACUUUGAGCUUCUAUGUGCUCAGUCCUUUUCCAAAAUAUUUGGGUUAUAUGAUGAGCAUGUAGGGAACCUCAUUGUGGUGACAAAAGAUAAUGAGACACUGAUCCGAAUUCACUCUCAGAUGGCCGCGCAGAUCGGCAUGGUCUGGUUCUGCCCAUCUGGUUUGGGAGGACGGGUCAUUGCCAUCGUCCUGCGCAACCCUGCUCUGCUGUACGAAUGGAAACAAAGUCUCAAGGCAUUAGUAAAGAGGAUCAUGCUGAUCAGAGAGAAAUUGAAAGAGAAACUGCGUAUCUUGGGAACGCCAGGUUCUUGGGAGCAUAUUACUACCCAGUCAGGAGUAAAUAGCUUUAUUGGUCUCCUCCCCUCCCAAGUGGAUUUUCUGGCCAAGCGCAAGCACAUCUACCUCCUUCCAAAUGGGCAGAUCAACAUCUGCAGCAUUAACUCAAGGAAUCUGAACUACGUUGCACAGAGCAUCCAUGAAGCAGUUCUGUCCACCACCAUUGAAGACCACAGUCAGAGCACAUGGAACACGGAUUUAGAUUAUCUAGCCAAAAAUUCCAUAGACCAAGUGCCAACCAGAAUCAUUUUUAAAUAGUUCACAUUAAAGUCUUUUUAUUUGCUUUGCUUCUAAACCAUAGCAGCAACUAGAAAAGGUAUUUUUCAGCUACCUUUCUCGGGAUGAUCCAAUGGUUGGUAGAUUAUAGUGAUCUCAACAUUGCAAGUUCUGGCUUCUGUGUUGGAGAAGAAAAGGGAAGAGAAGAAUUCAGUGUAUAGACAAUUGAAUUUACCAGUAAAAUUCAGUUUUAUGAUGUCAAACAUAAAUGUGUGUGCGCGCAUGUUGAGCAUAACAGGAAAUCACCAUCUACCUUUCUCUUUCUAAUUGGGAAAUGUUCUUUGGCUAUAUGUUUCUCAGUUUUCGUUUAUACAGUGUGGUGAGUAUAAGGACAGAGAGCUUUAGGAACAAGGUUUCAGCCCAAUAUAUGACAAAAAGCUUUUGGGAUGAUCAUGUCAUGUUCGAAUGAAGCUCCCUAUAAAACAUUCAUUUUUGUA